AGCGGGUAGGGCAGGCAAAUGACGAAAAGAGGGCUCCCUGGGUCAGGCUUGGUACGCUACAGAACGCCGCUACAGGGGCGUACAGUGGACGCCUGCCAUGGCGGUGCGCCAGCGGUGAUGGUCUGAUGGGCCCUGGGACCGCCAAAUUGCCCACUUUGCAGGCGCUGAGCGAAAUGGAAGUGGACCCUUUAGCCUCCAUUUUUGCGGGCUUCUCUGUCUUUUCUCUUUUCGGAAAUGCACCUCAUCAUAGACACACGCACAGCGCAGCACAGCACACACAAUCACACACACCUCACCUCAGGCACGCCCCCCUCUGGCCUCUCGCAUGCCUUAGAAAUGCGAAUGCGCCGAAUGGAAAAGAAAUUAGAGCUUAGCACACCGGGACGAUCAUUUUGCAUGGUUAGCAAAAUGGUGGUCUCGUCAUAGCACCCAACGUAAAAAAAAAAAAAAAAAAAAGAAGAAGAAGAGAAACACAGGUAGCACACAGCCCGUAGACCUCGCAGCUCUUCUACAACUUCACCACCACCACCAGCACAAGCACCCCAACAACAUAGGGCCAAGGCAUUGCUCUUAAACUAGUCGCCUGCCCCCACCGGUUACCAUUAUAUCGGCGAACAGCGUAAAUGGUAAUCUGUCAAACAACGAGGCUUGCCAUUCCUUUCCCGUUUUGCUUGUAGUUCGACCCUCUUUCCGCCACACCUUUGCCCACACACCCCUCCCUCUAGCACAGGUCUUCUUUUUCCCUACCUCUUCCCUCUCCCCGCCUUUGGUCCCUGUUUCUUUCACCUUUCUUUUCCCCUUAUCAUUCUUCUUUUUGUCUUAGUACGGUUUGUUGUUUUGCCAUAGGAGAGCCUCUGUUGCUCUUCUCUUCUCCUCGCUCGCUCUUCGCCUACUCUAGCCAUGCCCGCCGGCAAGCUCCUCAUCUAUCUCCUCCGGCGGGACCUGCGAGUUGCGGAUAACCCGAUUCUUAACCAGCUUUCCAACAACCCGGACCACGGUUUCGACUUCCUCCUCCCUCUCUACGUCUUCCCCCGAAAGCAAAUCGAGCUCUCUGGCUUCCUCGAAUCAGGCGCAGAGUCACCAUAUCCACCCGCUGUAAGCGAUAUUGGCAAGUUUUGGCGAUGCGGCCCUCAUCGUGCCAAGUUUCUAGCAGAGGCUGUCUGGGAUCUCAAAAACACUCUUGAGGCGUCAAACAGUGGUCUUGAUAUUCGUGUGGGUGAGCAUGGUGACAUUGUCCGCCGGCUCAUUCAACACUUCAAAUCCACAGAUACACCUGUAGGUGCUGUAUGGAUGACGGAAGAGGUAUCAGUAGAAGAGAUUAAAGAGCAGGACGAUGUCAAGGAAGCCUGCACUGCAGCCCAAGUGGAUUUUAGGCUCUGGGCUGACGAAAAAUACUUUAUCGAUGACCGCGACACAGGCCUUGAGACGCCUGAAGAGCUUCCCGAUGUGUUUACAACCUAUCGCAAAACGCAAGAGCCACUCCGACAACGCCCCCGAACAUGCUUAAUAACGUCUACCGAUAAAUUACCUUCAUACCCCAAAAGCUCUUCUAUCCCAAGACAGCACAGUCCUUUUGAGACUGCAGCAUCACUCGAUGACUUGAUAGAGCGCCUGCGUCGACCUCUGAUAUACGACCUCGAUACGAUACCAACACUUCCGGCUGGCACGGAAUCGUCUCACCCAUUUCUUGGCGGAGAACAACCGGCAUUUGAACGUCUGGUUCAUCUCGUCAAGUCUGGUGUGAUGAACACUUAUUCAGAUACUAGAAACGCACUCCUGGGGACGGAUUUCAGUACCAAGCUAUCAGCCUAUCUUUCUUUUGGUUGUAUCACAGCCAGACAGAUCCAUGAAGAGCUUCUGAAGCUCGAAGAUGGCAGCGAUGAUUGCUACAAAGAUACAGCGGCAUAUGGUGAAGGAGAAAACGAGGGAACCAAAGCCGUGCGCUUUGAGCUGCUUUGGCGAGAUUACAUGCGACUGUGUACCAAAAAGUUUGGUCACAAGUUGUUCAUGCUUUCUGGUUUCCGACAAGAUGCAGAAUAUAACAAGAAAUGGAAAACCCCCAACGCCAAAAAAGCCGAAACUGGUCAAGAUCCGACGCCAGAUCGGGUCGAUGUUAUUCUACGACGCUUCCUCUCAGGAAUGACGGGAAUGGGUCUCAUCGAUGCGGCUCAGAGAGAGCUCUACCUGACAGGUUACACAUCUAACAGAACUCGUCAAAACGUUGCUUCUUUCUUUGCCAAGCAUCUUUUGCUUGAUUGGAGAUACGGUGCGGAGUGGUACGAGUCGCUUCUCAUAGAUUACGACGUCUCGUCAAACUGGGCCAAUUGGCAGUACGUGUCUGGUGUCGGAAACGACCCCCGCGGCGACGCAAGAAUAUUUAACCCUGUAAAGCAAGCCUUUGAUUACGAUAAGGAAGGCUCCUAUGUUCGGGCGUGGGUUCCAGAGGUUAGCAGUUUGGAUAAGAUUGAGAAUAUCUUCCAGCCGUGGACAGCCAGCGCCGAGGACUUGGAAAAGGCAGCGCUCAGCGACAGCAUCCUCGUUACAGACCCUCUCAAGCGAAUCGAGUUUACAAUCGAACGAAAGCCAAGAUCUAACCGUCGACCAUACACACGCGGACGUGGCAGAGGUAACGCGCGGGGAGGGAUGCAGAAUCAAGGCCAGGCUCAACCUCAAGCUGUUAACUUCCCAACUGGACACAUGGCCCCCAUGCCACCUCCCAACAUGGUUCCUAUGGCUGGGCCACCAGCCAUGUACUCUCCAGUACCAUAUGAGGCUUCACCACCUUAUGCGUGGAACCAGCCAGCUCCCAUACAGGCGCAAUGGGGAGCUGGUCCCCCCAUGGCACAGCCCCCGCAGACCUGGAACGGUGCGCAGCUGUGGUAUGGUGAAAACAUGAUGGCUUCCCAGGUCCAUAUGGGAUCGUACCGUGGCCGUGGAGCCUUUGGGGGACGAGGAGGUGGUCCUGGGCAAAAUGGCCAGCGCCAUUGAGAUGCCGUACGCCAACCUGGUAAUCAGCAUCUUCACGUUACUGUACUAUGAACGCAUAUUAUUGCAAUGGAUAUGGGCAGGUAUCAAAAAGUGAGGUUUUCCUUUUUGUUAUUCUUUUUACGGUCGAAUUUGGUUUUUCUUCUCUUCGGAGUAAUGCUUACGAACUAAUGUGAAAUAUGUCACACAGCAUUUUUGUUUUUAGACAUGUAUAUAUGCGCACACUACAUAUUUGAUUUUUGGUCGCCAGAAAUCUGUCUAGCGAGGUGGGAAUCUCUUGAUGUAUAAUCAUAAUCUGAUGAUCAAUAUAAUGAAAAGAUAUUUUAAACGAUAAUAUUUAUUUUGAGUUUUUCCAGCCAGUGUUGAACGGGUGCUGGGAUCCGUCCGACGCUUUCGCCUGAC